AUGGCGCAUCACAUCCCAGCAUCCCUGAGAUCGGUCGACGUGAGAUGCAGCUUCCUUAUCGUCGCCCUGUGCAUCUGCCUGCCUCGAGCCAGCCUCUGCGCCCACGCCCCUCCACGCCCACACUCGCCCAGCCCUCCGCCCGGAUCCUCAGUGCCGACGUUGCCAUUCGAACACAGCCAUGGCGGAGAAAGAAGUGUUCGUAUGGCCGAAUUAGGGAGGAGAGUGAUAUCGUCUUUCGCCGGCGAGAAGUCGUUGCAUGGAUACGAACGCGUGGUGGACUCUUUGUAUCCUACUAUAACCGUUUCUCCAAAGGGCGCGCCUGUCGUAAAAAAAGCAGUGGGAGGCAAAAACGUCGGCAGGACUGAGGUGAUAACGAAGACGAAGGCAGGAGGUGACAAAUCGGAGGCUCAAAGCGUGUUUUCUUCAAGCGGCGGUGAAAAGCUGAUUUACAACAGAUUGUUUGGCAACGUGUCGGGAGUCGAAGCGAAAACUGCUAUCAAAGAGAUGGGCUUUCCUCUGAAGGUGAAAUACACACACACAGAACUUUCGGAGGCAAGGUUAAAAGAUAAAGCACUGAAAAAACACCAGUCUUCAUUUUCUACACUACGUUCGCAAUAUUACGCCAUUGAUAAAAAGCAGCAUCAUUUCCCUUCAAAACAUUCCCUGUCACAGAAAAUGAUCACCUUUUUAUCGCAUAUAUCACAAUUUAAUUCUUCAGGGAAUCCCAAAAAAACAGUAUUAAGAUCAAUAACAAAGCAGACCUCUGCCUUCUCGGCGCCUCUGCCUUACGAAAAGGUUUGGGAUGAUUUCUCAACAGUCCUAAAAAGUCUAAAACAUAAACAAAACUCAGGGAAAUUGAAAAAUCCAAAACUAUUAGAUAAAACCAUACAAGCUUUCUACCAGCAAAACAAACUGAAUACUUCGGUGCACAUAUUUAAACAGCCUAACAAAAGAAAUCAUUCUGCAAGUCAAGCUUCCCAUACGCCAAACAAAAUAGAUUCCUUUACCCAAGUUUCCUACAAGCCAGACACAACGAAUACUACAACUCAAGUUUCCCAGCAAUCAAACCCUACUAACCCUUCCAUUGAUUCUUCAUCCCAAGUUUUCUACCAGCCCAAUACAGCGGAUCAUUCAACUCCUCUUUCCCCCCAACCGAGCACGCCAAAUGCUUCGAGGUCUGACGUCUACCAAGGACGAAGCGAGCACCAUCCCGGGGAAGAGGUGCCUCCCGCGGGGUCCAGCGAGGGAAAUGACGAAACUUCUCAGCUGACUUCUGUUAUUGGAAGUCAGGUCACGCGUGUCACCGAUCGGACUUCGGUUCUUCCUUCUUCUCAGCCUUCCCGACCUGCACCUGUUACCCGUCAUCGAAAUGUCAUCCCGAACGCCAAGCCCGCGGAGGGAAAUGUUAGCCCUAUGCUCAAGGGAGAAGUUAACAGGACCUCCAUAACUCGGCAAGUUCGCGGUCAAAGUAUCUCAUAUACAGGGGCUCAAGCUGGUGACGUUAAGACAGGACGGACCAACAAGUUACCGGCAAUCGAUCAUCCUUUGCCUGAAAAGGACAGACACGUGAAUGAUUUCAACAAUCUCUCUACAAAAACGUCUUCACUUUUAAAAGUGUUUGGUGUUGCACCAUAUGACGACAUAUCGCCGCGUAGAAGUAGAGGAUAUAAAACAUGCAUGAGAUUCAAAUUAGGCAAGAGAAUUCAAAAAGGAACAAAAGAUUCCCGACGCAUAAACUCCACUUCAAAGUUAACACGCGGGGAUAGGUAUUCCGUUCCGAAAAACGACGCAAUAAAGCACGGGGAAGACUAUACGGAUGCAGUCGACUCUUCCACACGUUCUUACAGGAAAGCCAUAACAAGCAUUUCCUCAUUUAACCCAAAAUCCUCUCUCACGAACAAUGGUUUACAUUUGAAUUCGUUUUCACAAGAAGUUCCUAAGACCGAUUUUAUUCAAAAGAAAAGAUGGUCCUGCCGCUUUAACACGAGUGAGUCUCCCGUGAAAUAUGUAAACGAUAAAAUCGCUGUCGCAGAGAGAGAGAAAAUCGACACGGAAGAUCUGGAAAGAAGAUCACCUUUCUCGCCCGGGCAAGAUAAUGCUAUACAAAGCUACAAUGUUGAGCCUGGCAAACGGAAUCCUACAAUGAAAUAUGAGAGACCUCCGCCAUUUAUAGAGUGGACAGGAAAAUCAAUACACGACGGAGCUCCAUCGGGAAAGCAAGACGAACGAAAUACAUUAAGUCCUCGAACCGAGCCCCGCUUUCUCCGCAUGCGCGCCGACCCCGAGCGCAAACCCUUCCUGGACAAGGGUAAACAAAGAAAAGAAAAACACAAGGCAGCGAAUGAAAAUACAAAUAGAACGCCCCUUCCAGCUCCAGCCUCUUCCAACCUCGCAGGACCCAGCGAGUAUAAAAUCUGGAAAGUAUCCCCUCGGAGAAAUAUAACCAAUGGCGAGGGACCUUCAAGAAGGAAAAUCUCAUCGCCAGCCAGCAGCUCCCGGGCAAAAGAACACGAGUAUAACGCCAACAAGAGUCUUUUAAGCAAAAGCAGAUUGAAGAGGCUAGUUGGGUCUGCUCAACACUACGCCGAAAGAGACAGGAGAUUACCGUUCUCGAGGAGAAGUUUCAGACGAGCUUCAAACACGGAGAGCACAAGCAGUGUUAUCUUGCAAGCUGAGGAGGAAAAUAUCACUGCAUCUGUUUCCAAAGGGAAGGCUCUUAACCCCAUUAAGCGGGACGCAGGGAAAGUGCAGCCCACUCCACCGUACUCCAACUCCUUCUCACUAACUGGAGAGGUUCAUAAGGAUUACGUGAGAAAAGCUUCACAUUCAAGAAAAUUACUCCAGUUCCAGGAAAGUGACACACAGGACAGCGAGGGAGAAGAACCGCGACGCAACGUCCAACAAGAAAAACAAGAGGAAGCGACGGUGAAAUACCGCAGCGACGACGACGGAAAAGAAAAUUCCAAAUCCCUUAGAAACACAACGGCAGGAGGGAACGGGAAUGGGAAUCCGGCCAGGACUCCAUUCCAUCCGAAGACCGAAGGGAACCAAAAGUCACAGGGUAUCAACUACAGCCACUUUCCCCCGGGCUUUGGAGGCAUCGACGAGGGGGAGGGGUGCAACUGCUGGCCGACCCAUGAUGAGAGCUUCAAGCCUGAGGUCGAGUGCAGGUGCCAAGGGGAGCACCUCGCCAGGCUGCCCGCCAACAUCUCGACGGACGUGGACAGGCUGACAGUGACCAAGAUGGGAAUAGAGAGUCUGGGUCCGGCCAACCUGUCCUCCUUCUCCUCUUCGCUACAAGAGAUAAUCCUUCAAGACGUCAAGAAGCUGCAGACGCUCGAGGACGGAAUUUUCAGGGGAAUGCCAAAUCUGACCAUCAUCUACAUUAGCCACGCCCCGAGACUCUCUUCGCUGCCGCAACAACUCCUUCACGUUUUCUUGCCUCGUUUGAAGAUCCUGCGUCUGCUGCACACCGGUCUGGAGGAGCUGCCUGACCUCACGCACCUUGGGACGCAGAGCAUCAUCCACAUGGUAGAUCUGGAAAACAAUAAGAUCAAACGACUACGAGGGAAAUCCAUUGAUAUCCAGACAGAACAACUGCUCCUAGAUAACAACGAGCUGCAGGAGGUCGAGGCGAUGGCAUUCUGGGGAUCCCAGAUCGGGAAAUUGAGUAUGAAAGGAAACAGUCAGCUGAAGCACCUCGACCCUCUGGCAUUCAAAGGCAUCAAAAGUCUCCGUAGUCUCGACCUUUCCGAGACCGGCAUCACCCACCUCCCGACGGUCGGCCUCGAGGGACUGGAGACCCUGCGGCUGGUUAGGACCUACAGCCUCAAGGUCUUUCCCUCGGUGUAUUCCUUCAAAAGCAUCCUUCGGGCGGAGCUUACUUACCACUACCACUGCUGCGCCUUCAAGUUCCCGAGGUUGCAUGACCCCAAGGAGCACAAGAAACAUGAGGACUUCCUCAAAAGUAUGCAGAGCGGGAAAUGCAGCGAAGUUACGUCUCCUUCUCCGUUCCCUAAUGAGAUGCAAGCCGGAAUUAGGAGGAGAAAACGAAGGUCAGCUCUGCGUGCACCAGCGGGUCCUCCAUCCCCUCCUCGGAAGAAUCCAAAAAUGUCUAGCCAUCGAGACGAGAUCUCAUCAGCCGGCGGGAGUCAAGGAUCGGCGGAGAGAGGUCGAAGGGAAGACACUCACACGCCGGGGGAUCAGAGGAGUCUUCUCAUCAGAGGGCGCGGAACUUCGAAAUCCGUCGGAAAAUUCCUGGGGAGCUUUCCGACGGAUGAGCGGGAGGCCAGGAUGCUCUCCUCGACCGGUAACUGCGGCGGGGACUGCGUAAGUGAGCUCCGGAACCGUCACCGGGAGGCCUUUCAUCUCAAGGGUCGUCAGAUCCCGAAGAGAUACGAUUCAGGGCCUAGGGUCGGAAAGAAGGGCGGGGGGAAUCGCGCCGACGCCGGGACCAGCGAGGACGUCGGUGCUCGGACGUCAGUUCAUGGACGUCGAAAUGGCACCGGAGAAGUCAACAGAGGGAGAACUCGAAGAAAAAGUUUGAGCGACGGCGAGAAAAGCGACGGCGCAGGAGAAGAUAAGGGCGACGAGAGGAAAAAUAUCGGCGAGGGAAAAAAAGGUCGUGGAUCGAAGGUUACAUCAUCAGAGGACCCAUUCGAAGCCAGUCCUGGAAGAGACGCGGAGACGCCGUACAUCGACCGUGAAGGAGGAUUCCCGAAGGAGGGAUUUAGCGAGGGCUUUGGGGGGUCAGGUCAUUAUGUCAUCAGCGACCAUGAAAGUGGCUUUGACUUUAACGACCCGACUGGGUACAACAGCCACGGAUUUCCGGACAGCCACAUUCAAUACUACGGACCCCACGGCGUCCCCGACCCUCCACUUAACACGGGGUACCAUCCUCAAGGUCCCCCAGGCUCAGAGGACCCGCACUUCGACCACCCGGAGCACUUCGAGUAUCCUCAGGGUCCGUUUGAAACCCCCCUCGGCGCCACCCACCUCCCUCACUACCCUGACCUGGACCCGCCCUUCGGCCCCAUCCGCUACCCCGACGCCCACGCCCCCCUCGGGCCGCCCUUCGAUGGCAACGGAGGUUUUGGCGACGUGGAGACCUCACCCACAGGCGCGCCCGGGGAGACCGUGCAGGACCACCAUGGCACGUUCUUGACAUCUUACAUCACCCUUGACAACACCACGAAGACGAAGAUGAUCUGCGGAGGAAAAAUCUCCAAGAAUUACCGAGACGUGCAGUGCCUCCCCGAGCCCGAUGCCUUCAACCCGUGCGAGGAUAUCAUGGGGAACUUGGGCCUCCGCGUGGCCGUGUGGCUGGUGGUCGUCACUGCGGUCUUCGGUAAUCUAGCGGUGAUGGUAGUACUCAUGAGUACGAGAUUUAAGAUGACCGUCUCCAAGUUCCUGAUGUGUAACUUAGCCGUCGCCGACUUGUGUAUGGGAAUAUACCUUCUUCUUAUCGCCGCGAUGGAUCUGCAUACUAUAGGCGUCUAUUUCAACUACGCUAUCGAUUGGCAAAAUGGACCAGGCUGCAAGGUCGCCGGUUUCCUCACUGUCUUCGCCUCUGAAUUAUCGAUAUUGACUCUGACGGUGAUCACUUUGGAACGCUGGUACGCCAUCACCUACGCCAUUCACCUGAACAAGCGCCUGCGACUGACGGUGGCGGUGAGGGUUAUGGUGCUUGCCUGGCUCUACGCGCUCACCAUGGCCACGCUCCCCUUGCUCGGCGUCUCUGGCUACUCCAAGACAAGCAUAUGCCUGCCCAUGGAGACACAGGACGUGGCGGACCAAGCGUACCUCCUCAUGCUGCUCACCACCAACGGCCUGGCUUUCGUUCUUAUCUGCGUCUGCUACUCCAAGAUGUACUGCUCUAUCGCGGGCAACAACCUGGCUGCCAACACCUCGGACACGACGGUGGCGAAGCGCAUGGCUCUGCUGGUCUUCACGGACUUUGCCUGCUGGGCCCCCAUCGCCUUCUUCGGCCUGACGGCGGUGCUGGGCUUCCCCCUCAUCAGCGUCACCCACGCCAAGUUCCUCCUGGUGUUCUUCUACCCACUCAACUCCUGCGCCAACCCGUACCUGUACGCUAUCCUCACCAAGCAGUAUCGCCGCGACCUCUUCAUCCUGCUGGCCCGCUACGGCUUCUGCACCAAGCGCGCCAUCAAGUACAAGGGCGCCUACUCCACCAACACGUGGCUCAACCACAACAACGUCUGCGUCAGCGGGGGCGCCGGCGGGAGUGGCGGCCCAAGUCGCAGGAUCUCCACCCUGACGCAGAUAACUACUUGUGGGGACGUGAGAAGUCGCCUGAGAGACGGCUCCGAAGAGAGCUUGGGGCGCCCUCUGUCGCCCAUCCGCGUCAGAAGCAUUUCGGCGGAGCUGGCGGUGCCGAGCGCCACGGCACUCGGGGCAACUGACCGCCGCUCGUCCGACGUCGGUCGGAGACUGCAGCCUGUGGCGGAGAUCCGCGACGGACAGUCGCCGACGAAGACUAGCUCCGGACCUACAGGAGGCUCGCCGCACCCUAUAAAGAACUGCCACGCCCGCACCAGCUUCACGCCGGAGCAGGAAGCGCUUCUGCUGCGGUACGCGUCGAAUCGACAGCCGCUGGCGAAGGGCAGCCGUUCCCGACGCCAGACGGAGGAAGACAAAGACGAAAUCGUCCCUCUAUCCACCUACACGCCCAGCACGCCGGACACCCUUACGACCCCGGUCUCGCCCCAGAGGGAGAGGCCCGUGUAGUCCUGCCAGACGAGUCUUCAUUUGAUGUAUUGCAAUUAAUUUACGGACCCGGAUCCUAGUGGUAUUUAAAUCUUCAUUAUGAAAACUUUGACCGUGACAUCAGAUCAUAUGAAAAACACAUUGAAAAUAAUAUUUGAUUCAAUUCCAUAUCGGGAAACCAAUCACUAUAAGGAAAAAAAAAUAGAGUAAAAUAAAUUAUACAGAUAUCAGUACUGUACAGACCUGCACAGAAGAAAAAAAAAACUGUUAGCGGAUAAAAUAACAGAUAAGAAGAAAUAUAAUAUUUACGUUAUUAUGAGCAUAAACAACAGAACGGAACGGAAUUCCGUUUGCGUUAAGCAUGUGCAUGUGUGUGUGUGUGUGUGUGUGUGUGUGUGUGUGUGUGUGUGUGUGUGUGUGUGUGUGUGUGUGUGUGUGUGUGUGUGUGUGUGAAGAAUUCAUUCAUAUGUAGAUUACCAUCCCUGAAAAUUCAGACUUUUGUAAUUCGUGACAUAGAUCCUGUGGCAAGCAAAGGAUUGCUUUCAGCUUCUUAAUCUGUCAGUUUGUAUGCUGAUCUGUUCAUCGAUUGGUGGUCUCAAUGGACUCAUUUUCCGAUCCUUUCACGGCGUGUAAUCGGUUCCAGAUCACAUCACAGGGGGAAAUCGAGCGGGGCUGUCCCUCCGAAAUGUGAGCUUCGUAACAAGCCGAUCUGUAUCGAAACCGAAAUAGAAGUCUUCCAAACAAACACACACAAAAAGCGAUUCAGUAAAGAAAUAGAAAUGACAAAAAUAAAAACAAAAAAACAAACAGACGAACUCGUUUAGAUAGGUUAGUUUUAAUGUUUCAUUAUUGUUAUUCAUGAUUAUUUUUUAAAUUCAUAUCUGACUAAUCAAUGAGUAUUUCCUAAUGUAACGUCAUAUCACUCAGCUCAUAAUCACGGGUUAUUGACGAAGAUUUUAUAAAGUCAUUAUGUCAGUAUCACUCUACGGUACUAUAAAUCGCAGUAUUUUGCUGUAAGUGAAAAUAAAUACCAUAACCAUACAUCACGGAAAUACAUCAAUACUGGAGGUGGAUUUUCCAGCGUCAGAGUAUCCGAGCAUAAUUUAUCAUUUGGAAAUGGACGUAAACCAUAUAGUUUUUGUAUGUAAACGUGGCCAACGACAUAUGCGAACAUGUAAAUAUACAGCAUAUGAUAUUUAUGCAGAUAAUCGGACAGCACAUUCGUCUAGAGAGCAGGAUCAUAUAUCACGAACUCCAGCGAGGCAGUGUUGUGGUUUAGGCAUCAUGUGUAGUAAAUUCAGAGCGUAAAUCUGUUUGCUUACUAGAUGAAAGACAACAGAAUAAAUAUUCAGUAAACAAGAAACACCCGUAAUGCGCCAGUGUCGAUGUAAUGAUGCAAUAUGAAAUAAAAGUAGUGUUAUUUCACAGGAUAUACUAAACUAUCGCGGCAGAGCCAUGGUAGUUUGCCCACACUCAUAUACACAUGCACAAACAUACACCACCAAGCACACGUACGUAUUAAUUCAUGUAUGUGUACACACACAUCCAUCACACACAAACAAACAAACAAACACACAUAUGUAUAUAUGUGUGUGUGUGUGUGUGUGUGUGUGUAUAUAUAUAUAUAUAUAUAUAUAUAUAUAUAUAUAUAUAUAUGUAUGUCUGUACAUAUAUACACGGAUAUCACACACCAUCAUCGUCGUUUUAAUGUCGAAACACUUUUCGUUUUUCACAGAGAAGAGUUGUGUAUUCUUGUAAAAGGCCGUUGAAUAAAUAUACAAAUAUUGUCCCACCGCACUAAAAUAUAUGUUUAGCCAUUCAAUGAUUUGUACACGUGGCUUGAUAUGUAUGUGAUACAUGUUUAUACUGUAGAUAGAAUAUGAAUAUAGUAUUUAGGCUAAAAUUAUUUAUAUAUGUGAACGGAGGCUUCUGCUAUGUUGUCAAAUAAAUAAAAUAAAAUAAAAGGCUGGAGACGA